UUUGGUCGAUUUGCGGGCGUGUCGCUGAAAGUUGGAGAUCGCCCAGCUCUGAGUCGAUCCCUCCAUCGACUCAGCUCUGAGCUGCUCUGCAGGUAGUCCCAGAUUCCAGUCCCACUUUCACCAAAACGUAGUCUCCACAUAAAGAAAUCAUCCGUGCUGCAAGAAGCACCGCUGGGUGACAACCGGCUUCGCACUGAGAUGCCCAGAAAGUGAAAACUGAAGAACGCUUCGACUCUCCCACUACGAGCUGAGGUCACAGGCCCAGCAUAUUGUUGCAAAAAUGACCAAACUGCGUGUAGUGCCUUUAGUGGCACUCUUCAGCCUAAUUUGCUUUACUCAAGCACAGAAUGAUGACAGAACAAUUGCUGCUGACAUAGUCUUUCUAGUGGAUGCCUCUUGGAGCAUCGGCCAGGAAAAUUUCCAAUAUGUGCGGGAGUUUCUGUUCAGGGUUAUAAAGGCUUUUGAUAUUGGAGAAAACAGAUUUCGUAUUGGCCUGGUGCAGUACACUGAAAAGCCUCAAGCAGAGUUCCAUUUAAAUACAUAUUUUGCGAAGCAGGACAUCCUAUUUCACAUAUGGAACAUGUCUUAUAAGGGGGGUGGCACAAAAACUGGACUAGCUCUAGAGUAUCUAAUCAAGGAGCAGCUCACUAAAGCCAACGGGAGUAGAGCGGAUGAAGGAGUGCCACAAAUUAUAAUAGUUUUAACAGACGGACGCUCUCAGGAUGACGUAAUCCCCGCGUCUCAGUCACUUAAGUCAGCCAAUGCCUUAAUUUUUGCUAUUGGAGUUCAGCAAGCAGUUGAAUGGGAACUAAAGGAGAUUGCGAGUGCACCUCACGAGAGGUUUGUUUACCACCUCGAUGACUUUGCCGCACUCGAGGGCAUUGUAAACGGCUUAGUGAUGAGUCUGCACAUGGCUGCAGCACACCUAUUAUCUGAUGGGAUAAUAAAAGACACUACAGCGCAAGAAUCGGCUGACCUAAUUUUCUUAAUUGACGGAUCUGCCAGCGUUGGAAGUGUCAAUUUUCAAUAUAUUCGCGAUUUUAUCGUAAAUUUGAUCGACAAUCUCGAGAUCGGCCCUGACAGAAUCCAAAUCGGUGUGGUACAAUACAGCGAUGAGCCCAACACCGAGUUCUAUUUAAAUACAUACUCCACGAAAACGGAGGUUCUGGAUGCUGUGAAAAGACUUCAACCGAAAGGCGGAGAAGAAAUAAAUAUUGGCGCUGCCGUACAAUUUUUAGUCGACAAUCAUUUUAUCCAGUCGGCCGGCAGCAGGGCAUCAGAAGGGGUCCCACAGGCUGUAGUCAUUAUCAUUUCUAGUGAGUCCAGUGAUGAUAUAAAUCAGGCAGAACUAUUAUUAAAGCAAGGUAGUAUAUAUUCAUUUUCUAUUGGAGGUAGAGAUGCCGACAAUAAUGAACUUGCUCUGCUUUCAACUGAUCCAUCCUUUACUGCCUUGAUCACCGAAUUCCGUGAUAUUGGUCAAUUGCAGCAGCAGUUUUUACCAAUGGUCUCGGCAGUGGCCCGAAAGGAAAUAUUUCUUGAACCUCUGGUGCAGAAUGAAGUUCCGGAUAGGAGGAGGGACAUUAUAUUUCUGAUGGAUGGCAGCUCUACUGUUGGACCUGCAAACUUUUUGAAAAUGCGUGAAUUUAUCAUAAAAGUAAUUAACAGAUUUCAAAUUGGACCAAAUGCGGUGCAAGUUGCUGUCGUGCAAUACAGUGAUGUUCAAAGAACGAUGUUUAGCCUAAAUAGUUACGCUAACAAACGUGAAAUAGCUCCUGUUCUUAAAAAGCUGCGACCGAUUGGUGGACCCUCACGUAACACUGGGGCUGCACUGGACUUUGUCCUCAGAGAACAAUUUACCGCAUCUGCAGGGAGUCGAAGAAACCAAAAUAUCCCCCAGAUUCUGGUGCUCAUCACUACUGGACCAUCUGAAGAUAAUAUUCGCUUCCCUGCAUUCGAGUUAAAGAAAAACGCUAUAAUAACGUUCUGUGUCGGAGUUCAAGUGGAGGAGAGUAGCGAACUGUAUGAAAUUGCAUUUGGCCCACAUUUGGUGCUUGAGGUACCUAAUUUCCAGGUUCUAAUCCAGAAAUCAAGAGAGGUUGCAACAACGUUAUCCUCGUUAGGUCCUCCCAUAGUGAUUACUGAGGAGCCUACAGUUAUCACAACAGAAGUUGUGACACAAGCAUUGAAUCAGAGAGACAUUGUGUUCCUUAUUGAUGAAUCAAUAAACGUUGGCCAGGCGUACUUCCCAUUUCUCCGUGAUUUCAUAGGACACAUAAUUGAAGAACUGAACGUUGCAAGAGACAGUGUGCGAAUAGCUGUGGUACAAUUCGGUAGUGAUGCAAGACUUGCAUUUUCUCUAGACCGUUACAACACAAAGUCUGAAGUUUUGACCCAUGUACGUAGGCUUCGGCUGAGUGGUGACAGGAUUCUGAACACUGGGGCAGCACUGGACUAUGUACGUGAAAACAUCUUUUCCAGAGCCGCGGGGAGUAGGAUAGAGGAAAACAUUCCCCAGUUAUUGGUAGUUGUUACAGCUGGAAGGUCUGAGGAUGAUGUUAGACGACCUGCAGAAGCUUUGGCACGAGGAGGCAUUCUUACUAUUGCUGUUGGAGUGAGGAAUGCAGAUGUGGAGGAGGUAAAGCGUAUUGCAUUCAGUGGACAAACGGCUUUCCAAGUAGAUGCUUUUGACCGUCUAAGUUCCAUCCAGGAUGCUGUGGCAUCAUCUGCCAGAUCAUUGAUUCAUGGAGGAGUCACUGAAGUACCUUUAGCAUUGAAGAGGGACGUUGUCUUCCUAAUCGAUGGUUCUGAUGGAAUGGGGCAAUCAUUUUAUCAAGUCCGCGAAUUUCUGAUAAAAGUGGUCCAGCAUCUUGAGAUUGGACCUGACAAAGAUAAAGUUGCCGUGGUUCGGUAUAGUUCUGACCCAAGUGUUGAAUUUGGCCUUGAUACUUAUUUAACUAAAGAUGAUGUUCUGGAAGCAAUUCGAAGACUCCCAGUAAAAACAGGAAGACCCCUUAAUACGGGUGUGGCUUUGGACUUUGUUGCUAGGGAUGUCUUCAGUGCAUCUGCAGGCAGCAGAAGAGAUAUUGGUGCUUCACAGAUUCUGGUGCUCAUCACUGCUGGGAAAUCUAGGGAUGACGUUAGACCAGCUGCAGGGAGGGUGAAACUAGCUGGUAUUGUGCCCAUCACUGUCGGAGCCAAGAAUGCAGACACGUCGGAGCUCCAACACAUUGUGCAUGACCCAGCAUUUAUGUUAAUCAUGAGGGACUUCCAAGAUCUAUCAGGCGUUCAACAGGAUCUUUUAUCAAAAAUGAGAACAGUGGUUAUUUUUGAGGAAGAAUCUGUUAGGAGGGAUGUUGUGUUCCUUAUUGAUGGAUCAGAAAACGUCAGGCCUGCUUUCCCUUCAAUUCAGCAAUUCAUUUCCAGAAUGGUUGACAAUCUUGAUGUUGGGAGUGACAGAGUCCGAGUUGGUUUGAUUCAGUACAGCGAGGACCCCACUGUAAACUUCUACCUGAACUCCUAUACAACUAAAGAGGAUGUGAAGCGAGCAAUAAGUAAUACUGGGCCAAAAGGAGGCCAAAGAGCCAACACUGGUAAAGCACUGGACUAUGUCAAACAGACCAUCUUCACUACAUCAGCUGGAAGCAGGGUGGAUGAAGGUGUACCCCAGUUCUUGAUCCUCCUCACUGCCAGCAGGUCAGCUGAUGAUGUUGGUCAGGCAGCCUUGGAACUGAAAGAGGCCGGGGUAGCACCUUUCGCUAUUGGUUCAGGAGAUGCAGAUGUCAUUGAACUGACACAGAUUUCACUGUCCCCUGAUUAUACUUUCAAGGUACCUGAUCUACGGAAUGUGGAAGUACUACACCAAAAUCUGGAGAUGCCAUUGACACGGCUGAACAAAGAUCAGAUAAUUCAAAUCACAAAAAAGAUGACAAGAGAUGCUGCUAAGAGGGAUGUUGUGUUCCUUAUUGAUGGAUCAGAAAACGUCAGAUCAGCUUUCCCCUCGAUUCAAAAAUUUGUUGUCACCGUGGUUAACAAUCUUGACAUUGGAAGUGACAAAGCCCGAAUUGCUCUGGUUCAGUAUAGCGAAGACCCCAGUGUAAACUUCUACCUAAAUAGCUACACAACAAAAAGGGAUGUGAUAGAUGUGGUAAAUAAUCUCAGGCAAAGAGGAGGGCAAAAAGCCAACACUGGUAAAGCACUGGACUACGUCAAACAGACCAUCUUCACUACAUCAGCUGGAAGCAGGGUGGAUGAAGGUGUACCCCAGUUCUUGAUCCUCCUCACUGCCAGCAGGUCAGCUGAUGAUGUUGGUCAGGCAGCCUUGGAACUGAAAGAGGCCGGGGUAGCACCUUUCGCCAUUGGCUCAGGAGACGCAGAUGUCAUUGAACUGGCACAGAUUUCACUGUCCCCUGAUUAUAUUUUCAAGGUGUCUGACCUACGGGAUGUGGAACUUCUACAGCAAAAUCUGGAGACCCCUUUGACACAGCUACGCAAUGAAACGAUAAUUCAAAUCAGGAGAAUUGCUCUUCAAGAGGCUGCUAAGAGGGAUGUUGUUUUCCUCAUUGAUGGAUCAGAUAAUGUCCGACCUGCAUUCCAAUCAAUUCAAAGAUUCCUCUCCAGAGUGGUUGACAAUCUUGACAUUGAAAGUGACAAAGUCCGGGUCGGCUUGGUUCAGUACAGCGAAGACCCCACUGUAAACUUCUACCUGAACUCCUACACAACUAAAGAGGAUGUGAAGCGAGCAAUAAGUAAUAUUGGGCCAAAGGGAGGCCAAAGAGCCAACACUGGUAAAGCACUGGACUAUGUCAAACAGACCAUCUUCACUCCAUCCGCUGGAAGCAGAGUAGAUGAAGGUGUACCCCAGUUCUUGAUCCUCCUCACUGCCAGCAGGUCAGCUGAUGAUGUUAGUCAGGCAGCUUUGGAACUGAAAGAGGCCGGGGUAGCACCUUUCUCCAUUGGUUCAGGAGACGCAGAUGACAGUGAACUGACAGAGAUUUCACUGUCCCCUAAUUAUAUUUUCAAGGUGUCUGAUCUGCAGAAUGUGGAAAGACUAGAGAAAAGUUUGGGCACCCCGCUGACAACACUGAGCAAGAAACUCAUAAUUCAAAUUAGAAGAGUAUUUCUUGCAGAGGCUACUAAGAGGGAUGUUGUUUUCCUCAUUGACGGAUCAGAAAAAGUCCGACCUGCAUUCCAAUCAAUUCAAAGGUUCCUCUCCAGAAUGGUUGACAAUCUUGAUGUUGGGAGUGACAGAGUCCGAGUUGGUUUGGUUCAGUACAGCGAGGACCCCACCGUAAACUUCUACCUGAACUCCUACACAACUAAAGAGGAUGUGAAGCGAGCAAUAAGUAAUAUUGGGCCAAAGGGAGGCCAAAGAGCCAACACUGGUAAAGCAUUGGCCUAUGUCAAACAGACCAUCUUCACUCCAUCAGCUGGAAGCAGGGUGGAAGAAGGUGUACCCCAGUUCUUGAUCCUCCUCACUGCCAGCAGGUCAGCUGAUGAUGUUAGUCAGGCAGCUUUGGAACUGAAAGAGGCCGGGGUAGCACCUUUCGCCAUUGGCUCAGGAGACGCAGAUGACAGUGAACUGAAACAGAUUUCACUGUCCCCUAAUUAUAUUUUCAAGGUGUCUGCUCUGCAGAAUGUGGAAAGACUAGAGCAACGUUUGGGUACCCCACUGACAACACUGAACAGGAAUCAAAUAAUUCAAAUUAGAAGAGUAUUUCUUGCAGAGGCUACUAAGAGGGAUGUUGUUUUCCUCAUUGACGGAUCAGAAAAAGUCCGACCUGCAUUCCAAUCAAUUCAAAGGUUCCUCUCCAGAAUGGUUGACAAUCUUGAUGUUGGGAGUGACAGAGUCCGAGUUGGUUUGGUUCAGUACAGCGAGGACCCCACCGUAAACUUCUACCUGAACUCCUACACAACUAAAGAGGAUGUGAAGCGAGCAAUAAGUAAUAUUGGGCCAAAGGGAGGCCAAAGAGCCAACACUGGUAAAGCAUUGGCCUAUGUCAAACAGACCAUCUUCACUCCAUCAGCUGGAAGCAGGGUGGAAGAAGGUGUACCCCAGUUCUUGAUCCUCCUCACUGCCAGCAGGUCAGCUGAUGAUGUUAGUCAGGCAGCUUUGGAACUGAAAGAGGCCGGGGUAGCACCUUUCGCCAUUGGCUCAGGAGACGCAGAUGACAGUGAACUGAAACAGAUUUCACUGUCCCCUAAUUAUAUUUUCAAGGUGUCUGCUCUGCAGAAUGUGGAAAGACUAGAGCAACGUUUGGGUACCCCACUGACAACACUGAACAGGAAUCAAAUAAUUCAAAUUAGAAAAGAAUUUCUUGCAGAUUCUGAAAAGAGAGAUGUGGUGUUCCUUGUUGAUGGGUCAGACAAUGCCAGAGGCACUUUCUCCUCAAUUAAAACCUUCAUCAACAAAUUUAUCGACAAUCUUGAUAUUGAAGGUGACAAAGUCCGUGUCAGUGUUUUACAAUUCAGCGAAGAUCCGAGUGUUAAUUUCUUUCUGAAUGUCUAUGAGACAAAGGAUGACGUGAAGAGGGCAGUUAGUAACCUCCAGUAUAAAGGGGGGAGACAAGCCAAUAUAGGUAAAGCCCUCAAUUAUGUCGCAAAUAAUGUCUUCACUCGUUCUGCUGGGAGCAGAGUGGAAGAAGGUGUACCUCAAUUCUUGAUCCUCCUCACCGCCAGCAAGUCCACUGAUAAUGUUGAAACAGCAGCCCUGGCACUAAAAAGUGCUGGUGUAGGUUCUGUCAGCAUUGGUUCAGGAAAUGCAGAGGACAGGGAGCUCAAAAUGAUUUCAAUGUCUCCCAAGUUUACUUUUAAGUUUGACCAGCUACAGGACUCAGAUACGCUAAAGCAGAAUCUCCAGAGACCAUUGAAAACACUGAACAAAGAACAGAUAAUCCAAAUCUUGCAAGAUGCUCCUAAAGAUGGCGACAAGAGGGACGUUGUCUUUUUACUCCAUGGGUCAGAAAAUAUGAGAACGACCUUCCCUUCAAUACGUUCUUUCAUUUCAAAAGUAGUUGACAGUCUUGAAGUUGGCAUUGACAGUGUCCGUGUUGGUGUUGUACAAUACGACAGUAAUGCCAGAACAGAUUUCAAAUUGGACGCUUACUCCACCAAACGUGAAGUUCAAGAUGCCAUCCGUAAUUUACGGAUUAAAGGCGGGCGGGGCAUCAGAACAGGAUUUGCACUACAAUACGUUAAGGACAAUCUUUUCACUAGGGCUGGUGGUAGCAGGAUUGAAGAAGGUGUGCCUCAGUUCUUGGUGCUUCUCACUGCUGGUAAAUCAGCCGAUCGAGUUGAAGUGGCAUCAACGACAUUGAAAAGAGCUGGUGUAGCACCGUUUGCUAUUGGACAUGGACGUGCAGAUGACGAAGAGCUCAAACAGAUUUCACUGUCUUCUCAGUUUGUUUACAAGAUAGCUGACUUGAGGAAUGUAUUGAAUAUACCACAAAGUUUAUUGGAACCACUGAUAACUCUGGAUUCUCGCAAGAUAAGAGAAAUCUACGAAGGAACUGAGGAGGAAGCCAAUGGCGACAAGAGGGACGUUGUCUUUUUACUCCAUGGGUCAGAAAAUAUGAGAACGACCUUCCCUUCAAUACGUUCUUUCAUUACAAAAAUAGUUGACAGUCUUGAAGUUGGCAUUGACAGUGUCCGUGUUGGUGUUGUACAAUACGACAGUAAUGCCAGAACAGAUUUCAAAUUGGACGCUUACUCCACCAAACGUGAAGUUCAAGAUGCCAUCCGUAAUUUACGGAUUAAAGGCGGGCGGGGCAUCAGAACAGGAUUUGCACUACAAUACGUUAAGGACAAUCUUUUCACUAGGGCUGGUGGUAGCAGGAUUGAAGAAGGUGUGCCUCAGUUCUUGGUGCUUCUCACUGCUGGUAAAUCAGCCGAUCGAGUUGAAGUGGCAUCAACGACAUUGAAAAGAGCUGGUGUAGCACCGUUUGCUAUUGGACAUGGACGUGCAGAUGACGAAGAGCUCAAACAGAUUUCACUGUCUUCUCAGUUUGUUUACAAGAUAGCUGACUUGAGGAAUGUAUUGAAUAUACCACAAAGUUUAUUGGAACCACUGAUAACUCUGGAUUCUCGCAAGAUAAGAGAAAUCUACGAAGGAACUGAGGAGGAAGCCAGUGUCGACCCUAACAAGAAGGACAUUGUGUUCUUGAUUGAUGGAUCUAGCAAUGUUGACUCUAAAGAUUUUGCCCAUAUACGUGAUUUUAUCCUGAAUAUAAUUAAUAGUUUUGAUAUUGGACCCAACAAAGUUCGUGUUGGUCUGGUCCAAUACAGCAACAAUCCAAAAACCGAGUUCCAAUUGAGGCAAUACACAAAUUUAAAUGCCCUUCAAAAUGCUAUCAGACGAAUUAGGCCGAAAGGAGGUUCACCACUUAACACCGGGAUAGGUUUGGACUUUGUCUUGAAAACCCAUUUCACCAGGCAGGCUGGAAGUAGACAAAAUGAAGGAGUACUCCAAUACCUGAUACUCAUUAAUGGUGGAGAAUCCAGUGACAGUUUCCAGCAACUCUUAGGGACAUUACGCAAUUCUAAGAUCAAUGUUUUUGGUGUAGGGGCAAAGAAUGUAGAUGAAAGAGAACUUCGAGAAAUUGCAACAGUUAAUUAUGGUACCUAUGUAAUAAGUAGCUUCCAGGACCUUAAACGUGUGCAAGAUCCUUUGAAACUUCGUUUGCAGAUGGAAGAUCCCAUAAAUUUUGAAACACCAGAGCCUCCCACUCAAGUUUUGCCACAGAAAAAAGCUGACAUUGUAUUUCUGCUGGAUGGCUCCAUUAAUAUUGGAAGGCAAAACUUCCCUCGCCUCACUGGGUUUAUUUCCGGCAUUGUUGACGCUAUCUACAUUGGUGAUGGAUCAAUCCAGGUGGGAGUUGUCCAGUACAAUUCCGAUGCCAUUAAUGAAUUCUUUCUCAACUCAUUCAGUACAAGAGAAGAUGUUCUGAAGGCUAUUGAAAAUAUACAGUUCAAGGGAGGCAGAAUCUUGAACAUAGGAGCAGCCUUGCGCUUUGCUAAAAAUACACAAUUUGUCAAAUCAGCAGGGAGUAGGAUUGAAGAAGGAGUCCCACAAAUUGUUUUCCUUCUGAUAGGUGGAAAGUCUAGUGAUAAUGCAAUAGCAGCUGCAAGAGAGUUAAAGAAUGCUGGCAUAAAAAUCAUCACUGUGGGAAUGCAGAGGGCACUCGAAGAAGAAAUCAACCAAAUAGCGAGUGAAUUACCUGGUGUAUUCAGAGUGUCUGACUUGAACAAACUUUCUGAACUAACUGAACAAGUCUUGCUGACCACAACUGACCUCAUUGAUGGUCCGCUCUGUCCAGCCGGCAUUGAUGUAAAAGAAUGCGACGUUGAUGUUUUAUUGGGCUUUGAUGUCAGUUCGGCUAAUGUAUUUGAACAGGAGCCAGGUUUUAGAAGCAAAGUAGGAGAUAUUUUGUACAGUAUCUCACAGUUGAGGCCUAUUAGCUGCACUGGAACACAGCAACCUUCUGUAAAAAUAGCAGUCAUGACUCUUGGAGAGGAUGGACGAACUCGUACCAUUGACUUGGGGGCAUACCGACCUGAAUUAAUGACUAAUUUCAUCGGAUUAGCAGCUUCUGGUCCAACUCUCUUGGGAACAAGAACCUUAACUGCAUACAGUGAUGUAUUUCAAUCUGCUAGUUCUGGCCGAGUAAAGGCCAUUAUCCAUUUUACUGAUGGCAUAGACGAAGACUUUUCUUUAUUAAAGAGAUAUUCUGACACUCUAAGGAAGGAAGGAAAAGUGCAUUCUUUGAUCCUGGUAUCUUUGGAAAAAAUGUCUGGAUCUGAAGAUCUUUCUUUGUUGGAAUUUGGACGUGGAUUUAGAUACAGGAGACGCCUUUCUAUCAACCAACAUGAUUUAGAAUAUGAACUGGCAGAAGAACUUGAUAACAUUGCAGAGAGAGUGUGUUGCGGUGUCUCGUGUAAGUGUGCUGGCCCACCAGGUGACAAGGGUUUUCAAGGAUCACGUGGACAAAAGGGUUUACCAGGAACUCAAGGUAUUCCGGGUUAUCCGGGUGAUGAAGGUGGAACAGGUGACAGAGGUCCAUCAGGUAUAAAUGGAACUCAAGGGUUCCAAGGAUGCGAAGGAUACCGUGGGUUUAAGGGUACCCGUGGAUACCCCGGUGAAAAGGGUCAAAGUGGAGAACUUGGUCUUGAUGGAAUAGAUGGAGAACAGGGAAUACAUGGAGUAAUUGGAAAGCCUGGAGAAAGAGGGAGUCCAGGAGCACUGGGUACAAAAGGAGCCAAAGGUGCAAAAGGAGAAAGGGGUGAUAUUGGUUAUCGUGGUGAUCCGGGUGAACCAGGAAGCAGCAAUAACCAGAGAGGACUCAAAGGGCAAAGGGGUGACUUGGGCUUGGUGGGAGAAACUGGUGAUGAUGGACGCCCAGGGGAGCCUGGCCAAAAUGGAAAAAAAGGAGUUCAGGGCCGCAGAGGAUCAGCCGGAAAAAGGGGCGGUAAAGGAAAUCCAGGGACUAUUGGACCUCCAGGACCACCAGGAUUUAGAGGCAUUCAAGGGGACCCUGGAUCUCCUGGAGCCCCAGGACAGAAAGGUAUAACAGGCAGUCGUGGUCCAAGGGGAAUAUCUGGUCCUCCAGCACCUAGUGGUACAAGGGGCAAAAUAGGAUUAAAUGGAAGAAAGGGUGAACCUGGAAAUCCUGGAGAUAAGGGUGAAAUUGGGCCUACUGGACCACGUGGAGAAAUGGGUGAAGAUGGAGCAAACAACAUGGGUAAACCUGGAGUCAAAGGCAGAAAGGGUGAACGAGGUUCUGUGGGACCCCUGGGAGUUAAGGGCAGUCUUGGAACUGAGGGUGAAUCAGGCAAAGAUGGUAUGAAAGGAAACAGAGGUCGCAGGGGUUAUCCAGGAGCAGCUGGAGAAGAUGGAUCAAAAGGAGAUAUUGGUUACCCUGGUCCACAGGGUGCAAAAGGACCACAAGGAAGAUUUAUUGAGACAUGUAGUCUUGUCCGGAUGAUCAAAGAAUCAUGCCCAUGCUGUCAUGAUGUCGUGCAGUGCCCUGCCUAUCCAACUGAGCUGGCCUUUGUGAUAGAUACUUCCACCACUGUUAAUCAGCUCAAUAGAAAUAAGGAAGCAAUUCUCAAGAUAAUUCAGAAUCUGAACAUAGUUGAGAGCAACUGUCCUAAGGGAGCCCGUGUUGCCAUCCUGACGUACAAUAGUGAUAUUGUCACAGAGAUCCGAUUCAGCAGUGCCCGGAAUCGGCGAGACCUGAUCGAGCAGGUUGAAAACCUACAGUUCGUGCAAUCGCGGAAAGCCUCAAGCAUUGUUGAUGCAAUGAACUUCGUGGCAAGGAACACAUUCAAACGGGUGCGAAGUGGGUUUUUGAUGAGAAAGGUAGCCUUGUUUUUCAGUGAUGGACAGACGAAGUCCAAAGACCUCAGAGACCUCAACGCUGCUUUAACAAAACUCGCUGAUAACAAUAUCAUCUCUGUCUACCUCUCCCCAAGGGAAGACAAUGUACUCAACAGGGCACUGCAGAGACCUGUCGGCGUUAAAGAAGCCUUUGUUUUCCGUAAUGAUAAUGCAACACUCAACAAGGUGUUGAAGUGCUAUGUUUGUUUAGAUUUUUGUGAAGUUGAUCCGUUCUGUGACGGUAGUCUUUACCGAACUAGAAGGUCAGUGACGCCUGCUAAUGUGGACGUGGAUUUGGCAUUCAUCUUAGACAGCUCAGCCACCAUCAAUCCAAAUCAAUUUAUAGAGAUUAAGAGGUACAUUUCCUUUUUGACGGACCAGUUGGAGAUUAGCAAAGAACCUGCAACAUCCAACCAUAAAGCCAGAGUUGCCUUAGUUCAGCAUGCUCUGUACAAAUCUCAAACAAAUAGUAGCCUCGAUCGUGUGAAAGUGGAAUUCACACUCACUGACUACCACUCUAGCCAGGACAUCAGAGAAUACAUCCUGAACAAGAUGACACAGCUUGAAGGAGGAACAGCAACAGCUCACGCUGUCGAAUGGACUAUAACAAAUAUUUUUGAAAAAGCACCCCAUCCAAGGUCAUUGAAGCUUAUUGCCCUACUGACCACAGGAGAUAUCUCUAAAGCUGAAAAAGAGCAGCUGAAGGCAGUCAUCACAGAUGCCAAAUGCAAAGGCUUCUUCAUUGUUAUAUUCAACAUCUUUAACAAACCUCAUGAGCAGGAUCUUAUUAACCUGGCAAGCGAACCUCAAGACGUAUACUUCAAGCCCAUCAACAAAAUCUCCGAGCUCCACAAUGAAGACUUACUGAGGUUUGCACAGCAGCUCCCUGAGUACAUCAAUGCUGAGAAUGCAUUCCACUUGUCCCCAGAGCUGAAAAAACAAUGCGGAUCAUUCCAAAGUGACCAGCCAAUGUUUAUGAACGCCCAUCAGCAGGUCACAACCAAUGUUCCUUUGGCUGCAGACAAACUUAUGGAACUGAAAUUAUCUGCCUCCAGUGUUACAGAAGACAGUAUCGUCCUACAGUUCUCUCAGACUGAAGCUCAGCGCGUAGAUAAUUAUGAAAUUACUGUGGUCGAUGUGAGCCAAGACAUCCUUGUUCUGAAGCAGAAUGUCAGUGAUCCUGAAAUUGUUGUAAAAGAUUUGGAAAAUGGACAGCAGUACAAAGUCAUUGUGUUAGGAUUCUCCCAGUCCGAAGCAAAAUCUAUUUACAAUGGUGUUUUUACAACAAAAAAACCACUUGCAAAAGAUGCCCAAGUCAUCUUGGAGCCCCUGGAGGAUCCUGAAAUAGAUCGGUGCAUGCUGGAUUUUGACGCUGGAUCACAGUGUUCUGAGUAUAGUGCAAAAUGGUUCUUUGACAGCAAAAACAACAUCUGUGCUCAGUUUUGGUACGGCGGCUGCGAUGGUAAUGGUAAUAGGUUUGACACAGAGGCCGAAUGCAAUGCAGAGUGCGUGAAAUCAAUACCAGAAGCAAGCAUAUCAGAACCCAAGCCUGAAGGUAUCAUGUCAAGUAAAUCUAAAGACAUAUGUCAGUUACCACGGAAUGAAGGAACUUGCCGGAACUUUUCCCUGAAAUGGUACUAUGAUGUAAAGACUGAAACUUGCACACGAUUCUGGUACGGUGGAUGCAAUGGUAAUGAAAACCGAUUCAACACACUAGAUGAAUGCUCCAAGACUUGUAUCCAAGGACGAGUUCAAACCAGAAUGAUAAGCACAAUGGGAACGUAAAUGAAGUGGCCGCUCCACUGUACCUAUACCUCUGAUAGGGGUGAAAUCUGCAAUCUGCCAUCAAUCCCAAUAUGCUAAGGGUUCACAGAUACCUUGCACUGUACUGGUAAUAGCUUUCAAUAAUCGAAUGUUGGAGACUUUUGGUCUUCAAAACCUGCAUGUUACAAUGGUGCUAAAGUUACAUCUGGGUGUUAAACUUGUAUGGAAGUAAUCUGUCUGCUGUUUCAUACAUAUUCAGCUUAUUCCUCUGUCAGUUUUACAUUUUUCAUACUUAACAUGAAUUUUUCUAACGUUCAUGUCACACACUUUUGUAAAAAAUUGUUGGUGAUUAACACUACCAUAAAUUAAAAUGCACAGAACAAAAUCUUAUACAAUUCACUUGAAAAAAAAAUAUUACAAUUUGCUUCCAUUGUAUGUAUAUGCUUUGAUUUUUUUUUAAUGGAGGGAACCUAUUUUGUCACUGAACCAUCAGCAGAUUUGUCUCAUACCUGCAAGAUCUGAACAGAUUCAACACAUUGCUGCAUAAUUGCAAAAGUGACCUUUACUUUUUUAAUAAAGAAAGUUCUAUACAUUUUGUUUUAAAGAGUCACUAGUUUGUUAAAAGUUUCUCUCAUUAUUGCUCUCCUUGAGGAAACAAUAUAUAUUUUUGUAUACUUUGAAAAAUUCUUGAUAAUUUGGGAUUGUUUUAAAUUAUGUACAGAUGUGCACUUCUCUGCAUUUGCAGUUAUUUGGAACCAUUAAAAAAAACUAAGAAUCGUUUUAGAAAUUCAACAGGGAUUACAUGUUAAACCAAACAAGUUUCAAGUCCAGGCUUUAAUGUAAGGAUCAUUUUUAAGGUUUUAUUUUUAUGACAGUUAUAUUGUAUGUCUUUAAUGAAGAAAUGUAUGAGAGACUUUCUAAUAAAAUUGGUCUGAAAUUUGGAAUGUU